CUAAAAAUGUAGCUCUUCACUUUGAGAACAAUGGGAGAAAGUGCAGCAGCGGUCCUUAGAAGUAUCCAAGGGAUCCAAUCCUUUAUUACUGUAGAGGCUUCCAGAAAACAGAUUUCUAUUCUCUGGACAUUCAAAAAUGCUGCAGCAAACUAUAUACAUGCUUUGACAUUGUAAACCACAGACGAAUUGGAGCCUGGCAUUGGAAGGAGGUGUUCUGCAAGGAUUUUUUUUUUCCUUGUCUAAAGAAGUUGACUUCUGCAAGAGGGAAUCUGAAAAAUGACAGGGGCAAAGAGGAAAAAGAAAAGUGUGCUCUGGAGCAAGAUGCACAGCCCGCAUUGUGAAGACAUCAAACAGUGGUGCAGAAGGAGGCUCCCUAUUUUGGAAUGGGCACCACAUUACAAUCUGAAAGAAAACCUGCUUCCAGACACUGUGUCUGGGAUAAUGUUGGCAGUUCAACAGGUGACACAAGGAUUGGCUUUUGCUAUUCUUUCAUCUGUGCACCCUGUUUUUGGACUAUAUGGGUCUCUGUUUCCUGCCGUCAUUUAUGCCAUCUUUGGAAUGGGACGUCAUGUUGCCACAGGCACCUUUGCCUUGACGUCUUUAAUAUCAGCCAAUGCUGUGGAACGGCUGGUCCCUCAAAGCAGCCAGAACCUCACCACACAGAAUAACUCAAGUCUGCUGGGCUUGUCUGACUUCGAGGUACAAAGGAUCGGCGUUGCUGCAGCAGUCUCCUUCUUGGGAGGGGUGAUUCAGGUGGCCAUGUUUGUGCUACAACUGGGCAGUGCCACGUUCCUGCUUACGGAGCCCGUGAUCAGCGCGAUGACAACCGGGGCUGCCACCCAUGUGGUGACUUCGCAAGUCAAGUAUCUUUUGGGAAUAAAAAUUCCGUAUAUAUCUGGACCUCUCGGAUUUUUUUACAUUUAUGCAUAUGUCUUUGAAAACAUCAAGUCUGUCCAGCUGGAAGCACUGCUCUUAUCCUUGCUGAGCAUCGUAGUCCUUGUUCUUGUUAAAGAGUUGAAUGAACAGUUUAAAAGGAAAAUUAAAGUUGUUCUUCCUGUCGAUUUAGUUUUGAUCGUUGCAGCAUCAUUUGCUUGUUAUUGUACCAAUAUGGAAAACACAUAUGGAUUAGAAGUAGUUGGUCAUAUUCCAAAAGGAAUCCCUCCACCAAGAGUCCCCCCGAUGAACAUCCUCUCCGCCGUAGUCACUGAAGCUUUUGGAGUUGCUCUCGUAGGCUAUGUGGCUUCACUGGCUCUUGCUCAAGGAUCUGCCAAAAAAUUCAAAUAUGCAGUGGAUGACAACCAGGAAUUUUUGGCCCAUGGCCUCAGCAAUGUGAUCCCUUCAUUUUUCUUCUGUAUCCCAAGUGCGGCUGCCAUGGGAAGGACAGCUGGUCUGUACAGCACAGGAGCAAAGACCCAGGUGGCUUGUCUAAUAUCUUGCAUUUUCAUCCUUAUAGUCAUCUAUGCAAUAGGACCUUUGCUGUACUGGCUGCCCAUGUGUGUUCUUGCAAGCAUUAUUGUUGUGGGACUCAAGGGAAUGCUAAUACAGUUCCGAGAUUUAAAGAAAUAUUGGAAUGUGGAUAAAAUUGAUUGGGGUAUAUGGGUCAGUACAUAUAUAUUUACAAUAUGCUUUGCCGCCAAUGUGGGACUACUGUUUGGUGUUGUCUGUACCAUAGCUAUACUGAUAGGACGCUUCCCAAGAGCAAAGACUUUAAGUAUUAAAAACAUGAAAGACAUGGAAUUUAAAGUGAAGACAGAAACAGAUGAUGAGACCAUGCAUCAGGUGAAAAUCUUCUCAAUAAACAACCCACUUGUUUUCCUGAAUGUGAAGAAAUUUCAUACUGACUUAAAGAACAUAAUCCAAAGGGAAAAUACCACCAACCACCCACUUGAUGAUAUCAGCAAGUGUGAACAAAACACGUUACUCAAUUCUCAUUCCAAUGGUAGCUACAAUGAAGAUGCUUCACAGCACUGUCUUACCGAGAAGCGGUCUUUAAUCCUGGAUUGCAGUGGGCUGACCUUUUUUGACUAUUCUGGAGUCUCCAUGCUCGUUGAGGUUUAUCUGGACUGUAAGGACAUGAAUAUGGAUGUAUCAUUAGCCAACUGCACAGAUUCCCUGAUAAAAGCAAUGAAGUACUAUGGAAAUCUAGACUCAGAGAGACCAAUUUUUUUUGAAUCAGUAUCUGCUGCAAUAAGUAAUAUCUACUCAAAUAAGAGUUUGAACAAACUCAGCGACCACAGCGAAGUCUGAGACCCUUUUGUGGAAGUAUAGAUGUUGUCUACCCUGAAGAGGCCAUAUACUGGCACUUUGCACAACUUCUUGUUGCUUAGAUCCUACACAUGACUUCUACUACAAGUAUGAUGUGAUUUAGUAACUGUGUAGCCACUGGUCAAGAUUUGUCAAUACUUUUUAAUAUCUUUGCUAGUAAGCAAAUUUCCUUAGUUAUUUUAUAUAGAAUUAGCAUGCAUUUGGUUUUAAUGUACUGAAGGAUAAACAUGAUUUUAUCACAGUAGUUUCUAUUGUUUUAUUCCUACAUUGCUGUAAGUUAAGUUUUAAAACAGAGAAACACUUUUGUCAUAGAGAUUUGGGAUAUUUACAAGCCAUCUGUAAUACUCCAGGGUUAUCUGAAACCUGAAAACAAUACGUGAAAACAACCUAGCAAAUGUGCCAAAUUUCUGGCUCCUCUCCCCUCAAAAGCCAUUUCAACAUCAAUAUCACUAAAUACUACUUUAUGCAACGGGACACAGAAUUCACAGAAACAAACCAAAUAGAAAAGCAUGGCAAGCUGGAAGUCCCUGGUUCCUAUACGCUUCACCACACACACUCCUGAAAUUUUCAUGCCUUAACCAAGAAUUUUUUCAUGUUCAGGAAAAUUGGUAUCCUAAGAACUAAGAUCUUGGCAUUGGUCUGCUUUGCUAAGAAUAUUGGAAAUACUUGGGCUCUUCACACCAGAGAGCUCUAAUUUUUACAUUCGUACUCCAUAAAUAUCUUCUGCUGGAGUUUUCUGGAGUUACAGAAUUUAGAAAUUGCAUAUUUUAUAUUUUUCACAAAUAGGAUUUUUAGAUAAGAAAAUAUCACUGGUAGGCUAGCCUUAUGCUAUUUCAGGAUAGGGGUAACAUUAGUAGUUUUGAACUUUCUUAUUUCAGAGAUACUGUCAAUAAAAUAUAUUUAUCUAUCUCUGUCUGGAUAAAGUCUCCAUAGUUUGUUUUCUUUUUCUUUUGUUAGAGAACAUGCAUGUAGUGAUCUGUAAGCCCACCGAGCCAACAGGGUAAUUUAAAAAUGAACACUAAAGGCCAGGCUGGAUUAUCGACAUUAUUGCCUCAGGUUUGUGCACAUAUAUUUCAUGGCUUACUGUUAACACAAUUUCACAUUUUUGUAUAUCAAGUUGAUUUACAUACGAAGAAGAACUCUCACUUUCAAAAUCACACAUAGACACAUAAUUACACUUAAGUCUUAAAGGUAUCUUAACCCUUUUGAAAAUCACCAGUGUAAGAAAAAGCCAAAUACUUUAAAGCAAGUUUGGCAAAAAAGGUCGGAAAUAAAAUUAAGAGAUUGGUCAUUGAAGUGCUGUCAUUAAUCUCUUUAAGAAUAAAUUCUAGCUCCUGCCACCUGACGCAUUGCAAUGGUCCCUAGCGAAUAUGCAGUAAACACUCAUACUGUCCUUAAUUUUAAGAUUAAAUCCUAGGUAGGAAAAUGUAAUAAGAUGAAAGAGGAGUAAAUGUUUCAAUUCUGAUGGCUUAUCCAAUCAUUUAAGUUUUUUGCCAUGAACUGCAAAGUGUAGUCUCAGUUCCCAAAAUACCUCAAUCUUUUUAUCACUAAUUUAGACAGAAAUAAGGGAGGUUAACUCAUAUUCCCAUCAAACAGUGUUCCAGGGAAGGAGACAGGUAGUAAUAGACGUAAAAUUUUCUUAGAGAAAGGAAUUAUAUUCUGCUUUGUCCUGUCAAAUUAUUUCAAUGGUAGAUGGUGAUAAGAGUUACUACCCUUAGUCCAUUAACAUGAAUCAAGGAAAGUCCAGAAAAGAAAAUAUAUCUUACUGUGUGUAAAUUGAUAUUUUGCUAUGCAGCUAUGGCCUAUAAUUGAAUUCAUGUGCUGCUAGCAUUUUGUAAUUUGUUAGUGAUUAUGGGCCUUAGAUGGCAUUCAAAUCAUUAUAGUUAAUCGAUAGUUUGUUCUGUUUCAUCGUUAAUGCUGAUACAGUAUUGUCUGAGAAGCAUUUCAGUGUUUAUAGUAGAAAUUUAGUAGACAAAACUUUAAAGCCAAUAACUUGGGUCAAAUGUUAAUGUUAAAUUCAAGAAAGAGGAAGAUCAAAUCUUAGUAGUAUAUAGGUUCUUUUUCCCAUGGCUUCUCCUUCACACCCAGAAGAGAAAACUCUUCAAUUUACUUCUAAGAGCUCAAAAGCUAAACAUGAGUUUUAGAUGCAUAAGAUUGUAAAAUGCAGAUGUUUAUUUCAAAGUAGGACCUGACAACACAAAAACAACAAUAAGGUCCUAAUGCUAAAAUGUUUCUAGAAUGACACUAAAUUAUUUUUAUGGAAUCAUCUUAUUUUUGUAUAUGAUAUCUUACUUCCAUAUUAUUUCUUAUGGUAAAAUAAAAUUGGAAAAAAUUAAAACAGAUGUAAAAGUGUUUUAAGAACCUACCAUACUGACGUAUACAAGUUAAGUCUAAAAUAUGUAAUGACAAAAAGACUUAACAUUACAUUUAUGGAAAUUAUGUGCAUUUAAAUUUUAUCAUUUGUCUUUCACUAAAGGUUAUUUGCCCCCAUUACAUAAUUCAAGUGUUAUAAGGUUUAUUUUAAAUCACUUUGAAGUAAUUUAUUUGACAUAUCUCUCCUCUAUAAAUGUAUAAUGUAAUGAAGAAAGAGAGCUUUCUUUUUAAAUGAAAACAUGAAUGUGUUAAUACCCUGUAUUAAUAAUAUUUGACACGUAGUAGUUACCAAAAGUUGUUAGUGUGUUGUUGAGCAUACAUAUGCCUAGAAAUGUGCAUUUUGUAUUCUGUUGGAUGAUGAUCUAAUUCAGUACAGAAUAUGCUCUUGGCAGUCAGUUUGUUGCCAGAUUUCAAGUAGGAAGUUAAGUGGUGCUUUCACAAUCCAAAGAUUUUUAGUUAAGAAUUAUGUAGUUUAUUAUGCUGCACUUAUUUUUUUAUAUUUUUCAAUGCAUUUAAUAAUCUUUUUAUAAUUCUUUGUACUAACUCAGCAUGUAGCAACCAAUUUACAUGGAAAUAAAUUGAAAUAUGAUAACUAUUAUCCUUAA